AUGGGAGUGCGAUCGAGCUGCUGCGCGGAAGAACACCUGGCGGAGGGCCCAAAGGAGGCGCCGGAGGUCGUGAGCAGCUACACAGAGAAGGCCGAUUCCCCUGCACCACCGGAAGCAGAGCUGAGGGAGUUGCGGGCUGCGGUCACGCAGGAUCCAUGUGGCUCGAGAGUCCCCAGCAAGUGGAGCCGAUUGCAGCACAUGCGACACCUUGAGGUGGAUGCAGAGAUUGUGCGUGGCAUUCCGCUGCAGGCAUCCCUCCGUGCCCUUGGCAAGCUCUGGCGGCGCUCGCCUGUGGACCUUCCGGAAGAGGCCCGCCGAGGCCUCUACGACCAUGCGGCUCCUGUGGAGGGCUUCGAUGUCUUCCUGUCCCACACCUGGAUGAGCCCCGGGAGGUACAAAGUCCUCAGCCUGCUUUUCCAAGCAGGUUGGAAGCAGGCGUUCCUUGUCCAAAGCCUCUUCGUGGUGGCUGGAAUUGUUCUAUGUCUUGUGCGCUGGCUCCCAUUGCCAUUUACCCUCCCAGCCGAGUUUGCUGAGUAUUCGCAUCUCAUUUGCCCAUUCUUCCCUUGGUGCCUCGUCAUGGGUUUCGUGGGAAGCUUUAUCGGGCUCGUGCUGACGCCCUAUCUUCCGGCCCUUUGUGGCCAGCAUCCUGUUUGCUUCCUGGACGUGGUCAGCAUCCACCAAGCAGACCAGGAGUUGAUGGAGCGAGGGAUCUACGGCUUAGGAGGAUUUUUGCGCGUUUCCAAAGAGCUCCGGGUCCUUUGGUCCGCACCCUACCUCUCGAGGCUGUGGUGCGUUUUCGAAUUGGCGGCCUACCGCAUGGCAAAUCCCAGCGGGCGCAUCGUUGUGUCUCCGAUCUUUGUGGAAGUGGGUGCCCUCGUAACAAUCCUCUUCACAUACUUUGUGGCUGCCCUCUUUUCGCUUGUCUUUGUACUCAAUUGGCAAGAAGUCGGGCAGGUGAUGACCUAUGUCGUUGCGCUUGUUCCGCUCCUGCUGUUCUUACACCUCAUGCGUCGGAACCUGAUGUCGAAGCACAGGUUACUGUCAGAGCUGCGCUUGUUCGACCUCGAGAAGGCAUAUUGUCGUACGGACUUUGAUCGAGAAUUUAUCCACAGGGCCAUUACCGAGUGGUACGGGAGCAAGGAGGCCUUUACACAAUACGUGCGCGGGCCGCUGCGAGAAGAGCUGAUGCGAUGCAACAGAUCCGCUUUCCCCUUACCCUACCUUCUCAUGGUGAGUGCUGUACCCUUCAGUGCCUCACUGGACAGCCUGGUGUCCUUGUCGCUCGGUGGCAUGAAAUGGCAGGGAGUAUUGGCCGAGUUUGUGGGAAACAGCAUCGGCUUUCAUGUGGGCUUCUUCUUGGCGCUUUUGAACUUUGUUGUUUAUCUUUGUGACCGGUUUGCGGCUCCAAUAUGCGGCGGCAAGCUCCUGGACUAUUUGCAAUCGUUCAUGCUUUUCGUUGUGUUCUUCGGCCUGUACUACCUUGGACAAGUCGUGAAUCGCCGAGCAUAUACGACCAGCCUGUUGUGGGCGGUGGUCUGGGCCAGCGCUGCAUUGCUGUCGGCUUGUCUUUCUCUUUGCCUCUUCGGACAGCGCAAUGGCCGAGUGGGCAAGACUGCUGCAACUGCUGACCGCGCUGAGUCAUGA